GGAGCCGGACGAGCUCGCCUUGCAGAUCGUGUGAAGACCCGAAACAACAGGCCCAGUUCGCUUCUAGACAUCCAAGGUUCUUUGUAUCCACCGGCAGAUUGCGCUCCGGGACAGGCAUGGUGGACGUCAUGGGCGGCGUCGCGUGGAUCAUCGGGGUGGCGCUCAAGAUCAAGGAGGCGGCCAGCACGGUCCACCAGAAUAAGAAGGACCGCCACCACAUCAAGAGGCGCGUCGAGAUACUCAACAAAACGCUUUCGCACCAUGAGAACAACACGGAGCUGAUGGAGGACUCUGCGGUGACGGCCGCGCUCGAGGCGCUCGAGGUCAUCACCGUGUGCCAGCAGGAGAGGUGCAUCCUCUGCGCUUUCUACACCGCCGGGAGGCUGUCCCGGAAGCUGGGCAAGGUGGAGCAGCGCAUAUCGUACCUCAACUCCGACGCGAUGCUGACCAUCAUGAGCUACCAGCUGCUCAGGAAGUUCCAUGAUGGUGCUCCACCACAUCCACCCACACAGGUCUGA